GUUGAAAUGGAAACUCUUGCCAUCUUGAAUCCACUUUUUUAUCUUUCAAUUUUCAUCCCACCCCACUCAAAUAAAAAUAAUUCCAACCUCCCUUACUUCAUUUUUCAACCUUCAACGUCAAAAACAUGAUGCUCAGAUCGCUCCCAAAGCUCUCAAUCAUCUUCCCUUCGAGCACCAAUCCUCGUCAUCUCGCAAAUGCUGCUCAACGCUUUAUAUCUUCAGGUACCAGAAAAACAACAAUUACAAGACCCACUUCAAGAGUUAAGAUUGGAGUGAGUACCCCGAUUCCAAUUCGAUGCAUGUCAAACUCACCAAUCUCAUCACAGAAUGCAUCAGAAGAUCCACUUCAACGGAGUAAACUAUUAACAUCAACAGAUGAUUAUUAUGGUGGUGUUAUUGUGGAACUGGAUCAGCCUAUUGAUUCUACAACGUUCGUCUCAAGUCUUCGAGCUUCAAUUUUACAUUGGAAGAAACUGGGCAAGAAGGGAGUUUGGAUAAAAUUACCUAUCGAUCUAGUCAAUCUUGCUGAAGCUUUAGUUAAGGAAGGUUUUUGGUAUCACCAUGCAGAACCAAACUAUUUAAUGCUUGUAAAUUGGAUUCCCGAAAGUCCAAAUACUAUUCCAGCAAAUGCCACACACAGGGUCGGCAUCAGUUCAUUUGUCGUGAAUGAAAAACACGAGGUACUAGUUGUUCAAGAAAAUAGUGGACAAUUUCAAGGAACAGGAGUCUGGAAAUUCCCUACGGGAGUUGUUGAUCAGGGAGAAGAUAUAUGUGUAGCAGCAGUAAGAGAGGUCAAGGAAGAGACGGGAGUUGAUUCAGAAUUCCUUGAAGUAUUAGCAUUCAGACAAAGUCAUAAUUCAUUCUUUGCGAAGUCAGAUUUAUUCUUUUUGUGUAUGUUGCGGCCCCUUUCUUCCAAGAUCCAAAUUCAGAACUUAGAGCUAGAGGGUGCACAGUGGAUGCCAUUUGUGGAAUACACAGCUCAGCCAAUUAUGCAAAAGAGCGAUCUUUUAAAGUGUAUCAACGAUAUUUGUUUGGCCAAGAUUGAUGGGCGAUAUACUGGAUAUACUCCUGUACCUACAUUAUCAAGUUUCUCUGAUCAGCAGUUUUAUAUGUACUUGAAUGCUGGAGCAUUGAAAAAAUCCAGCUCUUGAAAAGCAUCAUCAAAAGGUUAAACAACUAGGUAGCAUAUUCAAUCUUUGGUUACCUUGUAAUGGUGUAUUUAUAAAAGAAUAAUGAUGGUCUUCAUCAGGUAAAUUACAAUGAUUUAACUUUACUACUGGCUUUGUCAAUCGAAAGAAAUUGCAAUGAUAAUCAAAUUCAGUUUAUGUUAAA